AUGAAAUCAACGAAUCAACCUCACCUCCAACCCAUCAACUUCGAUGAGCAUCCAAAAGACGACGCUCACAGUAUAUUUGCGCUGUUUCCGCUGCUACCGAAAGAGUUACGCGUAAAGAUAUGGCGGCAUGCGAUGGAGCGGAAUCGCAUGUUUCGAUUAAACCUCGUACCUAAGCGUGAAAUCAUGGAGUUACGGUUCCCCAUCGAUAAACCAGGCCCCCCUAAUGCAGACGCACUAUCAUUGAUCGAGCGCUACGAAUCAAGAUUUGAGGUUUUUGUCUUUGGACGCCAGCUUCUCAGCAAGUUAUUGCGGGUGAACCGAGAAUCCAGAGACGAGGCCAUGCGAUUGUAUCGAAUUCAUAUCCCUUGCACAUUUGUGGACAAGAAAAACACCGAAACGAAAUCCCAUACGCUUUACUUCAACCCGGACCUCGAUUACGACAUGGACCAAAUGGACCCCUCGAAUCUCAAUGAAAAUGUACGAACGACCCUCCAAAAUGUAUUGAAGGGCCUGCGUGAAGUCCUUUUCUUGUCAACAACCAUGUUCGGCCGCCAGAUCUUGAGUUGGAGGAGCGCAAUUGGAUACAACGGUUAUCUCUAUAACCGAUCUUUUCCUAUUCCCGCCUAUAUACCAACCUUCAAGCAUUUUCCCGUAGACCCGCGUGCCGUUGGGGAUGAUUUGAGAAAAACUGUAGUUGGUAACAGCGACUACGACAGGAGGAGCAUCGAGAAUUGGCAGAAGAUACUAGUAAAAUUUGGCAUCUCCGCUCCCCAGAUCAAGUACAAGUUGCUUUUGAGACAGGAACCACUCGACUAUGGAAUUGUUGUCGAUCGAAAAGGAGCUGAGCAGUGGAUACAGAAGGAGAAAGAGAGGUGGAGGACUCAUUCGGAAGGUCGUGAUGGUGAUAUUGCUAUAGAGGAGAUGGUAAGGCCAGCGUUUGGUUUUUGGAUAUUUCCAUUGGACGCAAUCGAUAGUCCUGCCGUAGAUCAACCCUCACAUGUUCCCAUGUUGGAUCUUUCAAGCUAUAGACCUGAACUCGGGUGCGCCGAGUUCUAG